AUGGAUAACCAAAGAGUGAUCUACGCUGAUAUAAAUCAGGCUCAAAUCCCAAAGAAGCAACAAAGGAAACCUAAGUGCACUAAAAGCCCCGUUUCAGAAUGUGAACAAGAAAUAACGUAUGCGGAAUUAAACCUUCAAAGAGCAGCUCAGGAUUUUCAAGGGGAUGGCAAAGCUUACCACUGCAAAGGUUUACCAUUCCCUCCAGAGAAGCUCAUUGCUGGGAUCCUGGGAAUCAUCUUUCUUGUCUUACUGUUCACUGUGGUAACCAGUCUUGUCAUUUCCUCUACAAUAGCACAGAAGCAGAGCAAUUCUUCACAGAACAUAGGAACUCAGAAAGCAUAUCAAUGUUGUCCAGAGGAGUGGUUCACAUAUUCCAGCAAUUGUUAUUACAUUGGUAAGGAACUCAAAACUUGGAAUGAGAGUUUGAUGGCCUGUGCUUCUAAGAACUCCACUCUGCUUUAUGUAGAUGAUGAAGAAAGGGAAUUUCUGGGCUCCCUGUCAUUUUGGUCAUGGAUUGGAGUCUUUCGUCAGAGCAGUGGUCAUCCAUGGGUGUCAAUAGAUGGCUCGACUUUCAAACUUAACAUAGAAGAAACAGAACUGGGUGAAUGUAAUUGUGCUUUCCUACUCAAUAGUCUUCAAUCAGAUGUAUGUGGAUCUUCAAAAAGUUAUAUCUGUAAGCACAAGCUUUAG